CUCAUGUCAACGGAGCCGUAAUGGCGUCCGUGAGACAGCGACAACAGAACCUAGACGGGACAAGGGCGGUAUUUUGCCGAGCGACUUCCGCGUCUCCUUUUCUGGGUUGGGACAGCGACUCCAAGCAAAACGCUUUUUCCCACAAACUUUCUCUCAAAGUUCAGGUUUCACGGGCCUCUUCUGUACACAUCAGCAAUGUCUCAAUCUGGAGAAAAAGGCAAGUUCCCUGACGCAACUGGUUACGUGGGCUUUGCAAACCUUCCGAACCAAGUUCACCGAAAGUCUGUGAAGAAAGGAUUUGAAUUUACCCUCAUGGUCGUAGGGGAGUCUGGUUUGGGCAAAUCAACACUUAUAAACAGCUUGUUUCUCACUGAUCUCUACCCUGAACGCUACAUUCCUGGAGCUGCAGAGAAGAUCGAGAGGACGGUGCAAAUCGAGGCGUCUACUGUGGAAAUCGAAGAGAGGGGUGUGAAGCUCCGCCUCACCGUGGUGGAUACACCGGGCUACGGCGACGCCAUUAACAGCCAGGACUGCUUCAAGACCAUCAUUCAGUAUAUCGACAAUCAAUUUGAGCGCUACCUGCACGAUGAAAGCGGCCUCAACAGACGCCACAUAGUGGACAACCGGGUGCACUGCUGCUUCUACUUCAUAUCGCCAUUUGGACAUGGUUUAAAGCCUCUGGAUGUGGAGUUCAUGAAGGCCAUCCACAGCAAAGUUAAUAUUGUCCCCGUUAUUGCCAAGGCCGAUACGCUGACUCUCAAGGAGAGGGAUCGCUUGAAGAGGCGGAUCCUGGAUGAGAUCGCAGAGCACGGAAUACGAAUCUAUCAGUUACCUGAUGCUGACUCGGACGAGGAUGAGGAGUUCAAGGAGCAGACCAGAGUCCUUAAGGCCAGCAUUCCCUUUGCCGUGAUCGGUUCCAACCAGCUGAUCGAGGUAAAGGGCAAGAAGAUUCGCGGUCGUCUGUACCCGUGGGGAGUUGUGGAGGUGGAGAACCCCGAGCACAACGACUUCCUCAAACUCCGCACCAUGCUCGUGACGCACAUGCAAGACCUGCAGGAGGUGACCCAGGACCUACAUUACGAAAACUUCCGCUCAGAGAGGCUAAAGAGAGCGGGAAGAGCUGUGGAUGAAGAUGUGAUGGAUAAAGACCAGAUUCUGCUCCAGAAAGAAGCAGAGCUGAGACGCAUGCAAGAGAUGAUUGCUCAGAUGCAAGCACAGAUGAAGAUGAAAUCAGACGAGUGACAACACUACACAACCCGAAAAAGUCUUUAGGAGGAGUCAAAUUACGCCUUUUAAGUGUGGGAGCCGUUAGUUAUGGUCGUUUUUUUAGUGCCUUUUUGGAGUGAAUUAAAAUUCACUUUUGGAUUCCUAUACUGGAUGACACAUCAUUAUUAUCUUUUUAUUGUCAUCUGUCUGACUGCUACAAGAUGUGAUAUUAUCACAAUUAUCUUGAUUAAGAAACGUUCUGCUCUCUCUUAAUAAUAUUCACUGCAGGCUGUUAGGCCCACUUUUAUUUGUUAUAAAUAAACUGUAGGUUUCUGUUCACGUCACACACACACAUUACCAUCCCCCCCCCUCCCCAAUCCAAACACGUCACCAUAUCCAUCCUCAGUGGUUUUUCAAAGGCUACUAUGAUAAUAAUAACACACUAAAAGGAUUGCGUGUCGGUGCCAUUUUGCUACUAUACUUUUAUAUACUGUAUAAGACGUAUGAUGUCUGUGUUAACUGCAAAAGCUCCUGUUUGGGACAUUUUUAUUUACAAUUUAUUUUCAUUUACAGUGCUAGCUUGACCUAGGUUCUUUUAUAAGACACUCCUUUAAACAUUUUUUUUUUUAAUUUAGUUGCUAGCAACGAUUUUAGUUUUGUGUGCUGGACACAGUAACAUCAAACAAAACAUCAAAGAAGCAUAGGACAGUUAGCAAUUCACCCCCCCCCCCCCCAAAAAAAAAAAAAAGUAUCUUUAAGCUGUUAAUGUCCAUGAAUCAACAAUGCAAUAUUAAAGAAAAUGUCACUGUCUGUUACCGAACCGUACCUUUGCCUCAAUUUCUGCUACUAUAGUUCAUUUGAACUGCCAUUAAUUUACAUUUGGAAAGACCUCUUGAGUUACAAGUUUUUUUUAUUGUAGGUCACGGUACAAAUUAAACUUUAAGUCAAGGCACCCGCUCUAUGGACUUUUAUUUUGGCCAGUUUUUGCAACACAAUACUAAUGUUAAGUCUAAUUUGUUCAUGUCCAAAAUACUGUUUUGUAUGCUAUAACUUUCAUCAAUGUGUCAUUUACGGUACUGUUUGAAGCUGUCAUGCAAAUGUACACAUGUUAAACGUGACUGUUAGGCCUACUUCAGCUGUAAUAAAAGUUUGUUUACAGAAAACAUGUUUGUAUUCUGUUUUUCUGUUUUCAUGGGAGGUGAUAUUGCGAUACAUCAAAGGCACUCAUUUUCCUCAUUGCUAAACGCCCAAUCCAUUUUGACUGGCAGAGCAUCCUGUGAAGAAG